UUGCCAUUGGCUGAAUUCCAGAGAAACCUCGACCUCUGCUGGUGUAUUGCUGAGAUAGAUCUAAUCUGGGAUAACUAUUCCAAACUCUCACUCAACACAACAACAUUCUUAUGACUCUGUUUUUAAGUGAUCUAUUUGCUUCGGCUCACUAGAGUUUUGUGCAGCCUCAAGGGAAGCUUCACCCCUGUCAAGCCCUUGCAUAAUUUCCUAGGGAUGUUACGAAUGAAUAUUCUCAUUUCCAAGUGUCUGAAGCAGCCAUAAAAUAUUCAAUUAAGGAAUCAUUGGAAUAGAGAAUAUUGCCUAAGAUAUAAGUUUGUAAGCACAUCCAUGAAUGAUGGAGAGGUUAAAAAACAUGAUCAGCCCUUCCACACGAAGAAAGAAGUUUCAGUUAGCUGGGGGAGAUACUGGCACACAUACAACGCACAGGCUUUUCGGGGUAGCUCUGGAAGAGCUUAUGUCCAAGGCUCCUGCCAAUGCUGUGGUGCCACCAUUUGUCAAGAAAAUUUGCGAAUUUAUUUACAAACAUGGCCUGGAUAAUGUGGGUCUAUUUAGAGUUAGUGGUAGUGUUAAAGUUGUUGAGAAGAUGCGUACAGAAUUUGAGCAGAAAGGUGAUGUGGAUUUAAAAGAAGAAAAUGAUAUCCCUGCAACUGCUGGCUUGCUUAAAGUCUUUCUCAGAGAUUUGCCAGAUACACUUGUACCUGCAAGGCUAACUCAACACUUUUUUUCUGCUGUGCAAGAUUCAAAACUUAACAAGGAUGCUGUCAUAAUGGAAAUCAAGAAAGCACUUAGUAAAAUGCCAGAGGAAAAUUACAACCUUCUGAAAUACAUUUCAUCUCUUUUAGUAGUGGUGGCUGAACAUGAAUUUGAUAAUAAGAUGUCUGCAUAUUCUUUAGCUAUCAUAUUUGGCCCAAACAUCUUUAAGUAUGAACUGUCUACGGGGAUGGAAGGAUUCAAAGACAUGGACUCCAGUAAGGAUGUUAUGCAACUUUUCAUUUCUGAAUUUAAAAGAUUGUUUGCAGAAGAUGGCGAGCCAGGUCCUAAAGAAUUCUGGGGACAUUUGAAUCCAAAGAAGAUUCCUCCUCCUCGUCCUCCCCCUCCCAAGGUACAGUCCUUACCAUCAUUUUCUUCUCCUUCUCUUGAAAGUCUGAGUCCUAUAUUAGUUUCUUCACCAUCAUCAUCCUCUUUAGAGCCUAGACCAGUGCCAUCGCCUAGAAAGAUCAAAAAUAUCUAUGAUAAUAACAGUAGUUCAAGUGUAGAUGAAAGAUCUGCUCCAAUGUUUUCCAUACCUCUCAUGAGCCCAAGAGAUUUUGAUCAUAUUCGUUCGCAGUCGCCAUUUGCCCUUGAAAGUGAAGCUCACAGCAUUAUAGAGUCACCCAUGGUUACUUUUAGAAGUAAUGAAAUUGUAGAUAAAACUAUUGUGGAGACCAUAUCACAGUUUAUUGGUGUCACAGAUUUCAACCAAAAUUCAGGACUACUUUCUCCCAGACUUUUGAAAAGUGCUGAUGAUAGUGAAAUUAAUUAUAGUAUUGAAGAACAACCACUUCCUAAUGUAAAAAUAUUAACAGAAGAGAAAUCAAACAGUACAUUACUUCAAAACCCAAAAAGUCUUUGGGAAAUGCAGGAUGAUGACUUAUUGGAAGAAAGAAAUCUUCCUGAGUUUGAUGGAGUUGAAAGGAGUGACAUUUUAAUUGGGCACAAGAAGCCUGUUGGGCCUCCUCGGCGUUCACCUUCUCGUAAGCACAGGCGUAGUUGGGAGCCAGACAGUGUUUCUGUAAUCUCCUCUUGCUCUGAUCCAAACUGUGUUCCAAAUGAAUCAGCUCUGGUUCACUACUUGAACUCUUCUCUUAAACCCUCACAGGGCAACGUGAAACAUAAGGAACAUGUGGCAGAAGACGGUCAAGACGAUGAAAUCAGAUCCAAAAAUAUGAGAAGAAAUGAAAACAAACCUCUCUUGCCCCAUUCACUUAGCUUGCAGACUAAACCAGAAUCUACCACUGGCCAAAACUCAUCCAAUGAUUCCUGUUUGAUUGAUCGUUCCCCUAGCCAUGGCAUCAAGCUGUUUAUUCCACCCUUGGAUUUUUCAACAUUACAUGAACAUAUAGAUGGAACAGAACCAAUUCCAAUCACCAAAGAUCGAUUUGACACCCAGAUCUGGGUUUCAACUAAUCAGCUUUCAGAACCUGACAUGAACACAGCUAUAGUCUCUCCUCGAUCCAGCAAAUUGAAGAAAUUAUUUGAUUUGCCCGAAUCAGAUGCCAGUGUGCCAGUAGUGUAUGAGGCACCUAUGUCUCCCAGUGCCUACUGUGGCAGUGGCCUGUUCAGGGCUUCAGUGAACACAGACAUACCACCUUCCCCUCCAGUCCAACAAGAUAUGUACAAGAAAUACAGUGAUGAUGAUGGCAGCUAUGUAUUGAGGCAAAUCACUAAGAAAAUACAGGGUUUAAAGAAGAAAAUCAAAAUUUUUGAAGAAAAUUUUGAGAAAGAACAUGGUUACAGGCCUACACAUGGAGAAAAAGCCUCUCAGCCAGAAAUAAAAAAAUAUAUGAAUGAAUUAACAAAGGCAAGAAAAGAUCUGAAACGCUUAAAAGAAGAAACGGAGAUGGGCAACAGGGCUAGACACAACAGCGGUGCCUCCUCAUCAGGUGUUGAGCAGUCUCCUUCAGUCUUACCUACUAUUACCUCAACUCUAGACUAUAUUCUCAAGUGUUUGACUGACAAACGGCAGGAGUCUGGAAGACCUGAGGAAGUUUUGCUGAUGUCAAGAGACCAGGUUCAAGAGGAAAAAUUGGCUGUUCAGAAAGCAUUACUUCAUUUUGAAGGCUUACAUGGAAGACCUACUUCAAAAGAAGAAAAGGAUAUCAUGCGUCCAUUGUAUGAUAGAUACCGAUCUGUGAAAAGGAUGUUAGCCAAACCUUUAUCGCCACGUAAUUCUCUAGAGCUACAAACAGUGCCAGAAGACCAAAUGAUGGAAAUACCAACCUCUUACACUCGGCAGCCUAUUCAUGUUCAUGUUCCCACAGCAACAGUGGAGGAAGAAGAUGGAAACACUCAGGAAGUUGGAACUCUGGACUUUGGACUUGUUACACGAGACUUCAACGUGAUGAGAGACAUGGAUUUUAUCUCAUAUGGAGUCAAAGGCAAUGACAUUGCUAGGUUCCAGACCGAUGAUGGAUAUUUGGAUAAAGUGAUUCCAAAAACUGAAGAUAGAAUGGAUGCACACCUCCAUGAGUUGUCAUUAUCAGAAUUACAUGCUGAAAUAGAAACUUCAAGAAAGUCUAAAAAAAGAUUAAGGCGACUUCUCAGAGAAUUCGAGGAAAGUUUUCUGUUUAAAACUGGAAGAAAAGUAAUGAAAGAAGACAGAUAUCCUCUUCAGACAGAAUACAGUGAAUACAAGAAAGUGAAAGCAAGGCUUCGCCUCUUGGAAGCUCUAGUUUUGAAACACCAUGAGAGAAAAGACAAGUUAUAUUAAUAAAUCUGUUGAAUGUGUAUGUUUUGUGACGUGAUUAGAUAUGUAAUCUUAUGCAUUAGAUUUUUUUUUUUUUUUAAAUAUUUUUUUUAAAAUAUGUAAUAAUAAUUUGAUGGUCAGAACAAUAAUUUGAUGGUCAGAACGGCACAUAAUUUACUGAUAAUGCUUGAAAAAAAAAAGCACAUCAUGUUAUGAAUUUUUUAUAUUUAAAAAAAACAAAAAAACUCCAAUGCUGUGACUAUGAAACUAUGUUAACUGUAUCACAAUGGGCUUUCAAAGUUGAAAGGCACUAUAGCAGAGAUGUAUUGAUUUGAAAAAUUUGACUGUUGGGUUUGUCAAGUGCCAAUAUUAUUGUCCUGAAGCAACAUGUAGCAACAAUGGUAGUUCUUAAUGUUUCAAUUAGAUUUACCCCAAGAGUUGGGACCAAUGUUUAUUGAUUGCAAUGUUAUUGAAUUAUAAGUGUACUAGUGAGGUAAAUAGCAGUCUUGAAGUAAGUGAAACUAUUGAACACAGACUUUAUCUCAAAUCGAUCCAGUUUGUUUUAAAGUAGUUUUAUAUUACAAAAAAUAAUAUGACAUUUUUUAGCAAACAAUUUAUAACUUUUUUUAGUCCAACAAUUUUCAAAGUUAGUAUACAUCAACUAGUGUCAUUUUCCCCAUGUUAUGUUUGUGUAUCUACACUGAAGUAUUGUUAGACAAAUACUAACAGUAGAGUGUUGGUGGGAAGGAGGUCACUGAUUUAAUAGCUCUUUAGUUUACAUUACAGGCUUAAUGUCGCAGCAUUUUUCACAUUGUACAUAUCACUUGUCACCAGAAGAUGAAGAAUGUUAGAUUUGUUUUAUUUUGGCUCCUUUCUUUGGAAAGCCAGUUCUGGCCAGACUGUGCAGACUGUUAUCCAUUUGUUAUUAGACCAUGACACUCUGUAAAUCCUAGAUUUUUUAUGUUCUGGAUGAAGUCCCAUGGCUAUACUGAUGUCAUAUGUAUACAUUUACAUCCAUCCAUUCCUCAUGAUCUUUAAGAACUGGUUGUGCAACUAUUACACACUUUUUUUUUCUUUAAUUAUUUGUAUAGAUCCAUUCAAUAAUACUGUUUUACUGUAACUAAUUUGAUCAAUUUAUUUCAAGUUGUAUGUAUCUAGCUUAGCUUAUUUAUUUUGAUGGUGUUUUUAAAAUAUUGCUUUCAUGAAAAGUCUUUAAAAUGAAACUUGUAUAGUGACCCAUGGCUAGGUUACUUGGGGAGACUUUAAAAUGAAACAUAUAGUGACCCAUGGCUAGGUUACUUGGGGAGUCUUUAAAAUGAAACUUGUAUAGACCCAUGGCUAGGUUACUUGGGGAGACUUUAAAAUGAAACAUAUAGUGACCCAUGGCUAGGUUACUUGGGGAGUCUUUAAAAUGAAACGUAUAGUGACCCAUAGCUAGGUUACUUGGGGAGUCUUUAAAAUGAAACGUAUAUUGGCCCAUGGCUAGGUUACUGAGGGAGUAGUGACCCAUGGCUAGGUUACUGAGAGAUUUUCCCCCUGAUCUUUACUGGUACUUUCACAUGCUCUAACAAUUGCUGUGGAAGAGCUGGAUUCAAGGAAAGUCUGUCAACAAUACUGGAAGUUCAUAAUUAUUCUGCCCAUUCUUUUUUUCCUUAGUUAAAACCAUGGAACUGUGACCUCUGUAUUCAAACAUAGCUAAUGACUUAUUCUGUUGUUGUACAUCCAGAUUUGUAUUGGAACAUAUUCUAGUUAUGUUUAUUUCAUUUAAGACUUGGCCAUCGGGCAUUAUUUUAGCCUUGCUAGCAAGCAAGCUUGUAUUUAUUAUCAUUUUUGUAGUUUGCAUUUAGAUCAUUUUUGUUGUUAAAAAUCAUUUGUGUGUUGAGUUCAUUGUUUCAAGCCUUGUAUAGAUCACAUUAGAGACUAAGCAGUUCAAUCUAAAAAUCAGCUGAUGUUUUUUUUUUUUCUUUUUUAUUUCAAUACUGGUAUUUAGUUUGCUAGUCAGAGUGCUGGUAGUUACUAACUUGUAUUACAAACCUGAACAAUUGAUCUCUGUCUUGUAAUGUGUACCCCUUUUUUUUUUUAUACAAAUAAUUACAGAAAAAUGAAUCAAAUGUUUGGAGUUAUUUUCUCAGAAAGUUUCAUUGGCUUACUUGUUGCAGCCAUUUUGUUGAUUCCUAAUGAAUAUGCAGAUGCUUACAUUGAAUGUUUCUUAUUGUUGAUCUUUCAAAAUUCACAAAUGAUCUACUUGGAAUGUGAACACAUUUUGUAUGUACAUUUUUUGGACUGUGAUAUAUUUCAGAAUGCUACAUUUUUAUCUUGGGUUUUUAAUGUAUGUAAUAUAUUCUGUCCCUUUUCACCCCCACCCCUCAAGUCUUCUUUGCUGUAAACUAUAUAAAGGCUUUGACAAAUUCAUAUAUGCUUGCUAAAAACUUGAGAAUGCUUGGCGGAAUACUUUGACUCAAAAGACAUGGCUUGCAGGCUGUGGUGACCUUGUUAGAAGCUUUUUGAACUUCUCCAAUUUUUUAAGCCGUUUAUGACUAUGUCCAUCUAUUACUUGACUUUUAGGAGACAAUGAAAGAAACUGUCUUCAUUGCACUUGACUUAUACAUUAGAGUAUAAGACAGUUUGUUUCUGAAAUACAUGCUGCCAGCAUUUAAUUGUGUAUAUAUCUGUAUAGUUUAUCUAUUUUUUUAUUACAAUUGUUUUAGCAAGUAACAACUAAUAUGUUGUUAGUAACAAAAUAUAUAUAACAUAUAAAGCUGCAAGUAACAAACACAUUGUUAGGCAAAUGUCUUACUGUACAUUGUUGCAUGGGUCAAAAGUCAAAUUGGUGGUCAAGUGACAGGUAAAAAAACAUUGAGCUGUUAGAAUCUCUAGACAAGCUCUUGUUGCCAAGGCAAAUACUGUAGGAUGUACUCUACACAAAGGUUUCAAAUACUUGGGUUGGUCUUAAAGUAGCUCUUGAGAUCCAUGUUUGGGGAUAAAUUUGGUUUGGAAAGCAAUACUGAAAACCUAUUGUGUGAUGUCCUGUUAUCACAUGAAGUGUACACUUGUUGACACUGCACUAUGUAAGUAGAUAAGAUGUUCAAAUGGCACUCUGGUAAACUCUUGUUAGGGGCUUGUUGUACAUUAUCACAUAGAUUUUGAAAUAACACACUUUUAUUUAUUUCA